UGUCCUUAAAAGCAACAGCAGAUGGCGUCCACUGAGUCAAGAAGUUAGCCCUACAUUUGGCAAAACCCCCAAAGAAGAGAUGACACCAAAGCAGCCGGCUAAUGGACACGUGGGGUCCAGCCUUCUCUCCAAAAGAGUCCAGCUGUGAGGCUGGGCUUUCGCCAGGCUGGGGGCUGCAAUAACCUUACCACAGCCGCCAACAGAAGCAGCUCAGCAGAAGCAGCAGCAGGAGCAGCAGCAGCAGCAGCUCUGUAGCAGUAGAACAAUGAGUGAACGCACUUUCAUAGCUAUCAAGCCUGAUGGAGUGCAGCGAGGCUUGGUUGGAGACAUUAUCAAGCGAUUUGAACAGAAGGGAUUCAAACUGGUAGCCAUGAAAUUCAUGCAUGCCUCUGAAGAUCUACUGAGAGAACACUACAUUGACCUGAAAGAUAGGCCAUUCUAUGCUGGUUUAGUUAGAUAUAUGCACUCUGGACCUGUUGUAGCCAUGGUAUGGGAAGGCCUUAAUGUGGUAAAGACUGGGAGAGUAAUGCUGGGAGAAACUAAUCCUGCAGACUCCAAGCCCGGGACAAUUCGUGGAGAUUUCUGCGUACAAGUUGGCAGAAAUAUAAUUCAUGGCAGUGACUCUGUAGAAAGUGCUGAGACGGAAAUCAACCUAUGGUUCACUCCUGAAGAACUGGUUGACUACACAAGGUGUGAUCAUGCAUGGAUCUAUGACUGAAACCUAACAUGCUAUCCUAGGCUAUGUCUUUGUUCUGUUGACUAUUGGUCUUUAAACAGUCCCUACUGCCAUUAUUCUUUAGGGUUGUUUUCCUCAACAUAAUUUCAAGUAUAUUUUUGGAAGUAUUACCUGAGCUUCAAAGUAUAUAUGUAAUAAUGUUUGCUAUUUUGCCUCAAGUAAAAGGUUCUAAUUAUUGAAUUGUUUUUCUUAUUUAUUUUUUUGUCUAGUCCAUUUAUUUUAUUUUUCUGUAUGGAGUAUAAUUAUUUUAGUAUUGAAAACAGAAAAAUUUAAAAGAACCUCUCGUUGAAAAUAAGUACAACAAAAGUGAUUAAAUAGAAAUAAAAGUUAUUUCAUUUUAUAAUACCCCAAAUGAAAUGCCUGAGGGGGCUGCCUCACUCUGCCUAAUAGUAGGUCUGGCCCAGAAGGCUAAUACUUAAUUCUGUAUUUCUUUAAUUCUAUGACAUCAUCAACUGUAAGACGCACACUGAUUUUAGUACCACCAACAGAAAAAAGUUUUCUUAUGCAUAUGUAUAUACAUACACACAAACACCUGUAAUUCUAAGAUGCAUCACAUUUUAGAGAAAUCUAUAUUGGGGGGGGGGUGCAUCUUAGAAUCGAAUAAUACAAAAUUAUAAUCUUAAUUAUAUUUAUUUGUAUUUAAUGGAUUCAACCCAGUAUUUUAGAUUAAGUUAAGCUUGUGUUUAUAUGUUUUAAAGAUCAUACAAUAUACCCUGGUUGCACAACAGAUCACACAAAUGAUUUAGGGUAUAACUAGUAUAUGACCUAACAUUGAUUCAUAGAGGAGUUGCUUUGUUAAAGUUUGAAAUGUCAAAGGAUGGAUGCUCUAAGACAAACAACAGCAUUAUAAGGUGAUUGAAAUACUGUGUAAAUAACUGCAUAUUGAAGAAUGAUCAAAUUUGUACUACAAUGAGGUUGUAUGUAGUGUAGCAAAUGUUAGUAAGGAUAGCCACAUUAUUUCAAUGUAAAAAGGAUGAGUCUUGAAACACUUUGAAGAGUAACCUUUUUUUCAGCAUAUUUUACUGAAUGAGGACUUAUUUUGAUGCAACAUUUUGAAAUGUUAAGUUGAACAUUGUUUUUGCUUCAACUGAAUAUGCCUCAGGUUACAAUAUCACUUUGAAAAUAAAACUUUCUACAGAUGGU